CUCCUUUGGGCGCAAGUUCUGGAGGAAUCCCAACUUCUGCAACUUUCUGCAGCUAUCAGGCAUUUGUAUUCCGGUCACCCUUAGCUCUGUUCAGCACACAACAGUACCUAUAAACCUUCAUCAAGGGCACGCAGAAGCUGCCUGGGAAGACAGACCAGUUAUAGCCUUCUCCAUCACCUGGUGGUAGCUGCAGCAAACCAUCUGCAACAUGUCGCACCUGAGCAUCCUGACGUUCAAAUACAACCUAGCGAAGCUCCGGUUCAAGCCCGCCCGGCCGACCGGACGGCUGCUCUCCUCCAGGGACCGGCAGCAGUCCGACCUGAUGAUGUACAAGCCUGAUGACGAGGAGAUGGCCAAGGUGUUCGACAAGAUCGCCGGCGAGCCUGGCCUGAUCUCGAGGAGCGACCUCCAGGCGCUCCUGCAGAGGUUUGACAAGGCCGAUGCCGUGGGCGAGGCGCGGCGGAUGGUCUGCGCCGCCGACAGCAACAAGGACGGGUACAUGGACCUGGAGGAGUUCAUGGAGGUGCACAAGAACGGCGUCCUGCUAGGGGACAUACGCCGGGCCUUCUUCGUGUUCGACAGGGACAGGGACGGCAGGAUCACGGCCGAGGAGGUGAUGGACGUCCUGCGCAAGCUCGGGGACAGCUGCAGCCUCGAGGACUGCCGGAAGAUGGUGAAGGAGAUCGACAGGAACCAUGAUGGGUACGUCGACAUGGAUGACUUCAUGGCCAUGAUGACUCGCCCAAGGAAGAGGAUGUAACAUUUGUGGUCAAGCAAAACCUACGUCUGUUACCAACGCUGGUUUAGCUCGUCUCUAUUGCGUGUAGCAAAAACUGAAACUUGUAAACGCCAGGAAGAAUAAUAAAGUAAACAGACGCCUUGUGCUUCUAAUCUUAA